AUGCCUGGUGUUCCUCCCGAUGCGCUUGAUCAGCUGAAGAAAGGUUUCAAAAGGUUCUUCAGGGGACGCAAGAAGAGGUUGUCAACAGCCCAAGCCGCUACAGCAGAGGAUGCUUCUGCAGAAGCUACCGCUGCUCCCGUGGCAGAUGCGAAGCCAACGGAGACUACACCAGCAGAGGCUGCUCCCGCUGCCCAACUGGCAGCCCCGGAAACAACUGCUGCAGAUGCGAUUGCCCCGCCAGCUCCAGCUCCUGGUGCAGCACCUGAUGCGGCCCCAGCAACGGCGCCGGCGGCUGAUGGAGCAGUCCCCCCCGCGAUAACUGAACCACCUGCCACCGUUGAGCCUGCGGCUGCUACUCCAGCGCCUGAUCCAUUGAAGGAAGCAACUCCAGCGGCUGCAGAUGCUGCCCCUACUCCAGCUCCAUCUGCCGGUGGUGCUACGCCUGUCCCUGCAGCCGCUCCCACUGAAUCCCCAAACGCAGUCGACCCGGCGCCCCAACCAACACCUGCCCCUGAAGCCAAACCCGCUGAGAUGCAGCCUGCUGAGGAUAAACCCGCUGAAGUCGCGGAACCACCCACAUCGGAAACUGAGCCGACACCAGAUACCUCCAAGCCGGCUGAUACCCCCGCGCCCGCGGCUCCUGCUUCGUGAACAAACUUUUUCUUUCCCCGUGGAUACCCUUCGCAACUUCAUGAACCCAUUUCCGAACUUAUCUCAGUGACUCAUACUCUGCUGCGACAAAUGCACCCAUGGAACGUGACUUUGCAAUUAUACAUGAAAUUUGAACUGAAAUAUCAAUCUGGGUUGAAUAUUAGUGGAUUAAUAUCAUGUUGUAUCAGCUGUAUAUUUCCGUAUUCCCAUUAAUUUUGUAUUCCUUUUGUUUUGUAUUCCGUGCAUUACUUGUUUUUAUUUUUGGUUGGCAACUUAGCACGUUUUCUCGUAGUGUGCUUUCGGCCUCUGUCUUUUCCGUUUGUCCACGCACAACUUGCUUGCAUAAUACCCGUUCCCCUAUUUCCUACUGCAUCCAAUUGCCCUCGAUGUUUUUGAGUUAACUCUGCGCAUGAAUAAUUUGCCACAAUAGCGUGUUGUCUCGUACAUUCUCCAUUGAAGCAUUUCAAUGUUCCCGGUGUUUGGAACUGCCUAUCCCUACCCCACGUCGUUGCGCACUGCGUACAUGAUCAAUCGUUGUCUCUAGGACAGGGGUAAUUAUAUAUGCGUUUCCGAUCUGGAAGAAGUUGCAGGUUUUUACUCAUUGAAUAUCCAAGGCUUGAAUUGUUCAUCUGACAUUUUGCUGAUAGACUAAACUACGGGGUACAAUAUUGAAUUUGAUAUGUUGUAUUUGUGCU